UCCGGGAAGGUGGAGUGCAGGGCCCGGGGUUCGAAGGCAGGCAGCGAGAUGAGGCGAGCGCCAGCGUUCCUGAGCGCAGCCGAGGUGCAGGACCACCUCCGCAGCUCCAGCCUCCUCAUCCCACCCCUGGAGGCCGCUCUGGCCAACUUCUCCAGAGGCCCCGACGGAGGGGUCAUGCAGCCGGUGCGCACCGUGGUGCCCGUGGCCAAGCACCGAGGCUUCCUGGGAGUCAUGCCAGCCUACAGUGCAGCCGAGGAUGCGCUCACCACCAAGUUAGUCACCUUCUACGAGGGUCACAGCAACACGUCCUCUGUCCCCUCCCAUCAGGCUUCAGUGCUCCUCUUUGAGCCCAGCAAUGGCUCCCUGCUGGCGGUCAUGGAUGGAAAUGUCAUAACUGCAAAGAGAACAGCAGCCGUGUCUGCCAUCGCCACGAAGUUUUUGAAACCCCCAGGCAGUGAUGUGCUGUGCAUCCUCGGGGCUGGGGUCCAGGCGUACAGCCAUUACGAGAUCUUCACGGAACAGUUCUCUUUCAAGGAGGUGAGAAUAUGGAACCGCACCAGGGAAAAUGCUGAGAAGUUUGCAAACACAGUGCAAGGAGAUGUUCGGGUCUGUUCGUCGGUGCAGGAGGCCGUGACGGGUGCUGAUGUCAUCAUCACAGUCACCAUGGCAACGGAGCCCAUUUUGUUUGGUGAAUGGGUGAAGCCUGGGGCUCACAUCAAUGCUGUUGGAGCCAGCAGGCCUGACUGGAGAGAACUGGAUGAUGAGCUCAUGAAGCAAGCUGUGCUCUACGUGGACUCCCGGGAGGCUGCCCUGAAGGAGUCAGGAGACGUUCUGUUGUCAGGGGCUGACAUCUUUGCUGAGCUUGGAGAAGUGGUGUCCGGGGUGAAGCCGGCACACUGUGAGAAGACCACAGUGUUCAAGUCUUUGGGUAUGGCAGUGGAAGACCUAGUCGCAGCCAAACUGGUGUAUGAUUCCUGGUCAUCUGGCAAGUGAACGGAAGGAGCUGCGACUGAAGUGGCCGUCACAGCUCAAGUGCUGUCUCACAAUGUCUGUGUCAAACCAGGAAGCCCCUUCCCAGUGCACUGUAGUGGUUAUCGUUCUUAAUUAGUAACAUCCCUAGUCAUGUUUGUAGCUGGAUAGCCAAACCAGGUGACUAUUUCUUCUGUUACAUGGGUGAUGGCCACAUCACCUACCCUUGAUCUUACUAGCUUUGUAUGUCUCUGAAAUAAAUCAUUUCCAGUUCUUCAG